CCUGCCGAGGAGGAGCCGUUGGCUGGUCGCUAUUACUGCGGAGGGGGAGGGGCCGUGGCAGCUUCUGGCCGCUGCUCUGUGGAGCGCCGCUCGUGGUCCCGCCUGCCGCCUAGGAAACACCGUGGCGCCGAGCAGGGCCUAGCGCCGGGGGCCCGGGCCACGGGCCGGACAGGUUUCCCCAUGUCCGUGACGUGUCGGCCGAGGCUCUGCGGCUGCUCCCCGCCCUUGGAGCCGCUAGUCGCUACCCUUUGGACUCCGUGAUCCCUGACGAACGUCAUGAGCAUUGCAAUCCCUCUGGGAGUCACCACACCAGAUACAUCUUAUUCAGAUAUGGCUGCUGGAUCUGACCCAGAGUCUGUGGAAGCUAGCCCAGCUGUUGGUGAGAAGAACGUGUACUCGAGUCACAGCUACGGGGCCUCCCAGAGGCACAGCUACCGAGGGCUGCCUUAUGCAGAUCAUAAUUACGGAGCCCCUCCUCCUCCGACCCCUCCUGCUUCUCCCCCUGUCCAGACCAUCAUCCCUCGGGCAGAAUUGAACGGCCUUCACUCGCACGAUGAGGAGAAUUCUGGGGACACGGAGAGCUCCUCUGAAUCAGGGUCCAUCCCCAGCUGGUGUCACUGCAGCCUCUCCCAGGAUGGCUUCCUCAUCAAAUGUGAGAAAUGCAGGGGCAUUGGCAGAGGGAAAGUGAUCAGACUGCGCCGCCGGAAGCAAGAUAACGUGUCAGGUGGAGACAGCAGCGCGACUGAGAGCUGGGACGAGGAGCUGUCUCCCUCCACGGUGUUGUACACGGCCACGCAGCACACCCCCACGAGCAUCACUCUGACGGUCAACCGGGUCUGCAGGACCAAGCCCAAGAAGAGGAAAAGGAAUACGGAGAGAGCGCGCACUGCCCCGAAGGCCAAAAAAAUCAAGGCUUUUAGAGAAGGUUCCCGGAAGUCUUUGCGGAUGAAGAACUCUCCUUCAGAAGCCCACGCCCUAGACGAGAAUACAGCAGAAGGCUGGGAGAACCGCAUACGGCUCUGGACGGAUCAGUAUGAAGAAGCCUUCACCAACCAGUACAGCGCCGAUGUGCAGAACUUGUUAGAGCGCCACCUCAACGCCAACAAGGAGUUUGUGGGCAAGGCCGCUGUGCUGGACACCAUCAAUAAGACCGAGCUCGCCUGCAACAACACGGUCAUUGGAUCCCAGAUGCAGCUGCAGCUGGGGAGGGUGACUCGAGUCCAAAAGCACCGGAAGAUUCUGAGAGCGGCCAGAGACCUGGCUUCGGACACCCUCAUCAUCGAGUACCGUGGGAAAGUGAUGCUGCGGCAGCAGUUCGAGGUCAACGGGCAUUUCUUCAAAAAGCCGUAUCCCUUUGUGCUGUUUUACUCCAAGUUCAAUAGCGUCGAGAUGUGUGUAGAUGCUCGCACUUUUGGUAACGAUGCCAGGUUCAUCAGGCGCUCCUGUACACCAAAUGCAGAGGUUCGUCACGUGAUUGCUGAUGGGAUGAUUCACCUGUGUAUAUAUGCUGUUACAUCCAUUGCCAAGGAUGCGGAGGUCACAAUUGCCUUUGACUACGAGUACAACAUCUGCAACUAUAAAGUGGAUUGUGCCUGUCACAAGGGGAACCGGAAUUGCCCCGUACAAAAGCGAAGCCCAAACGCUAUAGACCAGCUACCUCCACCUAUUCUAGACACUCUGAUUGGAGCAGAGACUAGGCGCCGGAAAGCCCGUCGGAAGGAGCUGGAACAGCGUGGCGCCGCGUCGGAUGAAAACAGUAAUCCACAGGCAGAGGAAGUCCCCGAGGGACUUACUGCAGCCAGUGAUAAUGAGGUUGCAGACAAAGAGGAGAAGCAAGACGAGGAGAAGGAGGCAGCUGUGGACGAGCAGGGCGGCCUCACGCCGAGCAGGCGGUCCCGGGAAGAUAGGAAAGUAGAAGCCAUCAUGCACGUGUUUGAAAACCUGGAGAAACGGAAGCGGAGAAGAGAUCUGCCGUCAGACCGAAGCAGCACGGACGCGGAGGUGGUGGUGACCGCCGAGAUGCCAGAACCAGAGGAAGUAAAAUCUGAGCCGAACGAAACCGAAGAGAGCGGCUUGGCUUUAAACGCUUCUGUCCCGAGUACCCCUCCCUGCAUCAGCACUGGAGUGAAUACACGGAGGUCUUCGCAGGCUGGGGAGGCUGCUGCAGAGAAGCCAGUCUCUAAACCAGCACCAUCGAAGCCGACGAGGCCGCGUCCCAAGAGCCGGUUUUCCCGCUACCGGAGCAGUUCGGCCCAGCGACUGAGAAGGCAGAAGCAAGCCAGCGCCCAGCAGUCUGAGUUCACGCAGGCUGCCCCAGAGGAAGGGAGCAGCGUGAGCACAAUGACGGUGGCAGAAGUCAGCAGCACGGAGGGCCCCGGAGAGGGGAAACAGCUGGCUGGGUCUGACCCAGCUGUGGCGGCAGUUGCAGGAUCCCAGACCAACCGAGCCACGGUCAAGUACCCCAAAACGAAAAAGUACCUGGUGACAGAGUGGCUGAACGACAAGGCGGAGAAGCAGGAGUGCCCCAUCGAGUGUCCUUUGCGCAUCACCACUGACCCCACGGUGCUGGCCACCACCCUCAAUAUGCUGCCGGGCCUGGUCCACUCCCCGCUCAUCUGCACUAUGCCUAAACACUACAUCCGCUUCGGCUCUCCCUUCAUCCCGGAAAGGCGGCGGCGGCCGGUUCAGCUAGACGGGAACUACAGCUCCUGCAAAAAGCGCUGGAUGAAGCAAGCUCUGGAAGAAGGAAUGACUCAGACCCCAGCCGCCUCCCAGGAGAGCAGAGCCCAGUGUCUAUACCAAAGCAACGAGAGCGGCAGCACUUCUGGCAUCUGCAAAGAAAACACAGACUUCCUGAGCCCCUUGAAGAAGUGGAAGUCGCGCUACCUGAUGGAACAGAGCGUGACCAAGCUGCUGAGGCCGCUGUCUCCGGUCACUCCCCCGCCUCCCGCCCCCUCCUUGGUCCUGGACUCCCUGAGCCCGCAGCUCACCACGUCCUCCUCCUCUAUGCCAGGCGAGGAGGAGUGCCGCAGCGGCUGCGGAGUGAUCUUCUCGCCGAUCCCUUCCCUGUCUGCUAGCCGUUGCAAUACUCCACUACAGUUUGAGCUCUGUCUCAGGACGGAUCUCGAGAUGCCGAAGCCGGGGUACCCGGAGGCCAGCUCCAACAGCUGCUCGGAAAGACCGUCGCUGCUCGCUUCGGGGCAGUCUGAUCCCGCUUCCCAGCCUUCGGAGAACAGCUUCCCCGGGAAGAGCGGGGAAGCCCAGACGCUGCUACGAAGCUCUGACCAGGCUUUUCGGACAGAGUUUAACUUAAUGUACGCCUUCUCCCCUUUGAACGCCAUGCCCCGGGCGGACGGACUGUUGCGAGAAUCGCCCCAGAUGGCCGACGGGAAGCCUCUCAAUCCAGAGAGGGGUUGCUGCAGUUCUCCUGCGGAGGGGUACUUUGGCAGGCACGAGCAGGCGCUCCUCAAAGAAGCGGCGCAUGGAUCCAUGCCCCCCUGUGGCGAGAGAGCUUGCGAAGGAGUUAAACCCGCCCCCCAGAACCCACCCCAGAGGAAAAAGGUGUCUCUGCUGGAGUACCGCAAGCGAAAGCAAGAAGCUAAGGAAGGAGGGGAUUCUACUCGAUGCACGGGGACCCUGGCUCGACUGGGCAGCAGCUGCUCCGGGGUGGAGGUGGAGGCCGGGGCCGUGCAAGCCUCCGGGAGCCGAGUCCCGUCCUCACCCCAACACGGCUUCUCCCCCUCCCACUCCUCUGUGUCUCACCUAGAGGACGUCAGCCCGCCAGAACCGAGGGGGUCCACGCACUGCAAAUCCCAGGAGAGCAUCAGCAGCCGAUGGAUGGUGCCUACCUCGGUGGAGCGGCUCCGCGAAGGCCGUGGCAUUCUGGAGAAGGUUUUACGUAGCAGCGCUAAGAUGUGCCAGAGAGGAGAGCCCUCGCCCACUCGCGAAAGCCUAGGGGAGAGAGAAGCAGAUACAGUGGAAGGAGACACAACCGAUUCCCUCAGCUCUGCCCUCAAGGGACCAGCCGUUUACAGUCCUUCUCGGUAUAGCUACCAGCUCUUGCAAUCCGAUAGCCCGCGAGUGGAGUCUCAGGCUCUCCUUCAGAGUUCCUCCCCUUACCGAGGACAUCCCGUCGCGUCGCCUGGGUACAGUUACCGCUCUCAGCCCCAGAGAAGCGGACACCUCCCUCCUCACGCCUCCUCGGAACCCACUGUUUCCUCCACCCCCUCGGCCUCCACGGACUCCUCGGCUCUGUUUACAGGGAAUUCUGGGUAUUACAGCGGCCAGCCACACUCGAGUGGCGUCGGCGUCCUGAAGAAGGGCUGUCCCGUGGCGGCAGCCCCCAGUUCUGCCCAGACUGCCGCCGCUGCCACCGCAGACUGUUUGCCCCCCUCCGAAUCAGGGUCUCACCCCACCGCGGGGACCGCCGGCUGCUCUUCCUCGUCGAGGCCCUCGCAGUCAGACACGCGGACUAUCAACCCUCCCAGCUCCGGGCCGACGGCUCUCUAUCCAAGCUCCCGAGCGGCAGCACUUUCCAACUCACAGCACUACUCUCACCGGGGGGGAGGCGGCGGCAGCAGCAUCCACCAGUACAGACUGCAGCCCCUUCCAGGGCCGGGCGUGAAGACUCAGACGGGCCUUUCUUAG